AUGGUUAUCGACACUGGUGCCUCCAUCAACAUCAUCGAUGAACUUGCUUUCAACAUAUUACAGAAACAGAGACCCUUAUCCCUACGCCAUUCCAAGACACGUGUUUUUGCCUACGGUGCCACCCACCAGUUGCCUGUUAUGGGACAAUUUCAUGCCACCUUGAAAUUCGCGACAGGCACAACAACCACACGAGUUCAUGUUAUCAAAGGAAAUUUUGGUUGUUUGCUCAGCUAUCAAACGGCAUCUGCUUUGGGUCUAAUUAUGCUAAAGAUCAACAAUGUAAAAUCUGGACAGUCCACCCAUGACCAAUUGUUGAAAGAGUAUGCCCAUAUAUUCAAUGGAAUUGGAACCCUUAAAGAUUUUGAAGUUAAAUUACACAUUAAUGAUACUGUUCCUCCAGUGGCACAGAACCCCCGCCGUAUUCCUUUCCACAUGCGGAAAAAGGUCUCAGAUGCACUUGACAAACUAGAAAGUGAUGGAAUUAUUGAAAAAACAUCAGAAGCAACUCAUUGGGUCAGCCCAUUGGUGGUUAUUCCAAAGAAAGAUGGCGAUGUCAGACUGUGUAUUGACAUGCGUAAAGCUAAUGAAGCGAUUCAGCGUGAACGACAUCCAACUCCAACUGUGGAUGAUUUAAUUCACAAGCUAAAUGGUGCCACCGUGUUCACAAAGCUUGAUCUUCGUUCAGGAUACCAUCAGUUAUCGCUCGCAGAGGAAAGUCGACACAUAACCUUUACAACACACAAAGGGCUUUACCGCUAUAAGAGGUUGAAUUUUGGUACCAAUUCGGCAAGUGAGAUUUUUCAACACGUCAUUAGCGAACAGAUCCGAGACAUACCGAAUGCCAUUAGCAAUAGUGAUGACAUAAUCAUCUUUGGCACAACACAAGCAGAGCAUGACAAAGCCCUUCGUGACAUAUUUGAGCGGUUUUCACUCAUUGGACUCACCUUAAACCAGGACAAAUGCGAGUUCAGUCAAGCACAGCUCACAUAUUUUGGUUUUGUCUUCUCGGGUGAAGGAAUGUCACCAGAUCCAGCCAAGGUCUCAGCCAUUCAUGACUGCCCACCUCAAAAAAAAGGCCAAAGCUGUUCGAAGUUUUCUUGGUAUGGCAACAUAUUGUGCCAAAUUCAUUUCAAAUAUCAGUGA